AUGACUAUGUUGGGUGGCAAAGUAACAACAGCCCUCAGUGAUUUAAUUAAAUCAACUCUUUGUUGUUAUAUUUGUGGGGCAACUCCAAGUAAAAUGAAUGAUCUAGAUACUUUUUAUGAGAAAAGCAACGCAAUUAACGUGGCACAAACGCCAAAUGCGUUAAUCACAGUAGUGUGUAAUCUUAACACAGAUGAAAUAUGUGAACCAUAUUCAAAGGUAAUAAAAUGUCCACAAAACUCGUUGCUUAAAAUUGAAAGUGCAUUUUAUGGUCGCUUCGACAAUCAAACAUGUCCAACAAAUUUGACUUUACAAUUAAACCCAUGCAACUCAAAAAAUGUCACAGCUGUUAUUAAACAGUUGUGUAAGGGAAAUAGUAGUUGUUUAAUUUCUUCUGAUAAUUCUAACUUUGGUUCUGAUCCUUGUCAGCACAUUAGAAAGUACACUACAGUAAAUUAUGCAUGUUAUUUAGAGUAUUCAGUAUUAUUCGACAAUAUUGUGAGCAGUCCCUCUAACAAAACUUUGAACGCUUUUUAUGAUGAAUUUGUGGUUUCUUUUGUACUAUAUAUGGGACAUUCCUUCUCAUCUGUUUUAAGAAUUGUUGAUAGUAAUGAUGAAGAUGUGUUAAAUUUAGAUAUUCUUAGUGUUUCUACAUUAUUAGUUACAUUAAAUGAUGCAAUUCUAUAUAUAGACACAAUAACACAAAACACUUGGAGUUUGAUUGAAAUUACCCAAAAUUUCAUAAACCAUUGUUAUAGUUAUAACAUUUCUGUAGCUGUUAAUAAAAUUGUUCAACAUUCUGUUACAAAUCUAAAACCAAUGGUUUACCGUGACUUGGUUUUGUUAACUUUUGCUCAAUGUUUUGAUUCCCAAUCGUGUAAUUCUAUUUUUAUGAAAAAUUUAUCAAUAUACAGUAAAACAGAAGUUAUAUGGUCUGAUUGGAGUGAUUGGUCUGAGUGCAAUAAAUCUUGUAUUAAAACUCGAACUCGCAUUUGCAGCAAUAAUCAGUGGGUGAAUUGCAAUGGAACUAACAUUGAGAUUGAACCAUGCAAUUUAUAUGAAGAAUACUUUUUUAUGGAAAAUGAAACUGGAUUGGCGGAUGAAAAUUGCGUUGCAAUACUAAAAAGACUAAGCAAAGAAUACGCAAUAUUUUUUGAAAUAAAGUUUUUAAGUUUUCAAAACAUUUGGACAAGUGUUAUUCAUUUGACUACUGGAGAAAAUGUAGACACUUACGGGACUCGAAGUCCAGCCAUUUUUAUUGAUGAAAAAAUGCUACGAUUAAAAAUUAAUUUUGAUAUUAGUGGAAAACCGAACAAAGAAAUUUAUGUUAACAAUCCUAUAGAACUCCAUGUUUGGUUUUCAAUGAAAAUAAUGCAAAAGUAUUUUGAUGGAAUGUACACAUAUUCAAUUCAACUAAAUGGUGAAAAUAUUUUAAAUAUGGAAAAUUCUGAUGCAAGAGAAUUUCCAAAUGUUAAAGUCUAUGUUUCGGACCCCUGGAAACCAGCGCAACCUGGAUUCAUAAGGAAUCUCAAAAUUAUAAAUAGAAAGCCAGUUUUUUGUUCUCAAUGGAGCAAUUGGACUAGUUGUAAUGGUACAUAUGGAUUUGCAAACAGAAUUAGAGAGUGUAAUGUUUCAAAUGAUUUGUUUGACAGCACCUCUGAAGUUGUGGAAUGUUUUGUUAUUUGGGCACCUUGGAACACUUUAUCAAGUUGUAAUGGUUCUUUUGGAUUAAUAAACAGAACAAGAGAAUGUUCAAAUUCUGUAGAUUUUUGUUAUGGUAUUAAAUCUGAAGUGAUGGAAAUCUCAGCUUUUUGGGCAAAAUGGAGUGAUUGGUCUCACUGUAAUGAUUCUUAUGGAUUUAUUAAUAGAAGAAGAGAUUGUAUUGUUUUAUAUGUAAUAGAAUGGUGCUAUGCUUACAAAUCUGAUUUAUUUAAAUACUCUGAAAUUUUAAUGAAUGAAGAAACUCUACUUUCUAAAGGAAAUUUAGUUACAACAAUAAAACAACUUUACAAAGAGUAUUCAGUGUCCUUUGAAAUCAAUCCAACAUCUUUCCAAAAUAGUUAUUAUCGGAAUAUCAUUCAUUUGACAACAAGCAAUAGCUACGUAAGUUAUGGAAACCCAUCAGUGUGGCUUAAUCCCAAUGAUAAUGGAAGUUUACAUAUUUGUUCAAACAUAAGUGGCAUAAUAGACUAUUGUGCAAACCCAGUAUAUAUUGAACUUGCAAAAUGGUCUUCAAUUAAAAUAUCUCAAAAAAUGUUAAAUGGGACUUACAUGUUUUCAAUUGAACUAAAUAGUAAUAUAAUUUUAAUUGUUAAAAACACUGGUGCAAGUGAGUUAAAGAAUGUUAAUGUGUUUGUUUCUGAUCCUUGGUAUGAAGUGCAGCCUGGGUUUAUUAGAAAUUUAAAAAUAACAAAUGGAAAUCCAGCAAUAUGUAGUGAAUGCUUCAAUGGUGAUGCUACAUACAAAUUUAUAAACAAAACAAAUGAGUGCAUUAGUUUAAACCCUAAAUGUUAUGGACAACAUGUUGAUCUAAUAAAAUGUUUUUCUUUUUUGACACCAUGGAGCACAUGGUCACAUUGUAAUGAUACAUAUGGAUAUAUGAACAGAUCUCGAGAGUGUAAUGUUUCAAAUUCCAUUGACUGGUGUGAUGGUAACAACGUUGAUGUAAUGGAGUGCUAUGUCUUUUGGUCACAAUGGAGUAUCUGGUCAAGUUGUAAUGCAACAUAUGGAUUUAUGAACAGAACGAGAGAGUGCAAUAGUUCUCAUACUUUGAAUCAUUGUAAUGGGAGCAACAUUGAAGUAAUUGAAUGUUUUGUCUUUUGGUCACAAUGGAGUAUCUGGUCAAGUUGUAAUUCAAUAUAUGGAUUUAUGAACAGAACGAGAGAGUGCAAUAGUUCUCAUACUAUGACUCAUUGUAAUGGGAGCAACAUUGAAGUAAUUGAUUGUUUUGUCUUUUGGACACCAUGGAGCACUUGGUCGGUGUGUAAUGACACAUAUGGAUUUAUGAACAGAUCAAGAAGUUGCAAUGUUUCAAAUCCAACAAAUCAGUGUGAUGGCAGCAACUUUGAUGUUAUGAAAUGCCAUGUCUUUUGGACACCAUGGAGCAAUUGGUCAAUUUGUAAUGACACAUAUGGAUUUAAAAACAGAUCAAGAAGUUGUAAUACUUCAAAUCUAAUAAGUUGGUGUGAUGGCAAUGACUUAGAUAUUAUGGAAUGCUAUGUCUUUUGGUCGCAAUGGAGUAUUUGGACAAAUUGUACUAAUGCUACUUAUGGAUUUAUGAAUAGAACAAGAGAGUGCAACAGUUCCCAUUCUAUAGAUCAGUGUUAUGGUCGCGGCAUUGAAAAAGUGAAUUGUUUUGGAAAUUGGGCAACAUGGAGUGAAUGUUCUGUUACAUGUGGAUUGGGAAAUAGAAGUAGAAUUUUAUUACAUUCAAUUUAUUCAGAAGUAAUGUUGGAAAGUUGUAUUUUAGUUAACUGUCCAGAAGAUGGAAUGUGGGGUAGCUGGAGCAUUACAAAUUGUUCGAAAAUGUGUGGUAGUGGAAUUAUAGUUUAUAGUAGAAGUUGUAAUAAUCCGCAUCCAUCAUUUAAUGGUCGUCAUUGCAUUGGUGUCAGUAAUUAUACCGAAGACUGCAAGACAGAUAUGAUUUGUCCAGUAAAUGGUAAUUGGUCAAUAUGGUCUUCUUGGUCGUUAUGCAGUCAACCAUGUGGUGGUGGUGUAAAAUCAAGGUUGCGCAGCUGUUCAAAUCCUACGCCAAGUUUUGGCGGUUUAGAUUGCAUCGGAAAUGUUAGAGGUUUUGAAAGUUGUGCUCGGCGAAAUUGUAUAAUUGUAAAAUUGAAUUUGGCUGUAAAUUUCAUUGAUAAAGAUUAUACUAAUUCAUAUUCUAUACUAACGAGUAAACCUUCUAUAAGUCUUAGAAAUGAUAUCCAAGAUGCGAUUGCUACACUAUACAGGAGAUUCAAUGUUAAUGCAACUUUUAAUGUUGUUAUAAAUUCUAUAGAGAAUCGGCCAUAGGUGUUUUUGAUGACGUUGCUCAUCUUUAUUUUUGAGAAGAAGUGUAAAAUGUCCUCGCUUUAUAUUGUUUCUGUAAACAAAUCGUAAAUUUCUUAUUUGUAAGAAAUGGAAAGUAGUUAAAGUUAAUCAGAUAAAGGUUUUAAAAGACAAAA